CGGAGGAGAGCUCAGUUCGAGUUGAGAUCUUGCAGCGCACACACAGCUUCGCUUGCCACAAACCAAUCCGAAAUCCGUGUACAGUGUUUUCACAAACCCACCUACCAAGUGCUUCAGUGACGUAAAAAGAAGACUCUUGUCUACAAAACCUACGAAAAUGUCGACGGUUAACUUGCAUCCUCCCCAAACCUACUCGCGCCUGUUCCGUCCCUGGGAUACGCAGCGCCAGUCGCCCGCUCCGGCGACCCGAGCCGUAAAGCAGGAACGCCAGAUGGAGCCGGAACCGAUGUCGGAGCCAGGAACCCUUACCAUCAAGACGGAGCUGGCCAGCAGCAGCUUCGGGCAUGACAGCGACCGCGAUUCCUCAUCUGCGUCAUCCUCCUCGUCGCACAGCAGCAAGUCCAGCUACGAGGAUGGAUUGAACCACAGCAGCUACACCCGUACCUCCACACCUCUGUUGGAUGUGGCGCCUCAGCCUGCCUUCCCCCAUCCGGCUACAGCCGCCUGCUCCUCCUCAUCUGUGCCUCAGCCGCAACAGGCUCCGUUCCUGCCGCCGGCCAGUGACCUCUACUAUGCCGCCGCCGCCGCUGCUGCUGCUGCCGCCGCUGUUAACACUCCCGCCGCCGCUGCAGGCUUCGGCAUGGAUCCCUUCACACUGGGCCUGAUGGAGCAAGAGUAUGCCCGCGUCAUGGCGGAAGAUGCUCAGCUGAAGGCGCUCAACGCCCGCAAGCAGCGCCCCAAGAAGUUCAAGUGCCCCCACUGUGACGUGGCCUUCUCCAACAACGGUCAGCUCAAGGGACACAUCCGCAUCCAUACCGGCGAACGCCCCUUCAAGUGCGAUGUCGACACCUGCGGCAAGACCUUCACCCGCAACGAGGAACUGACACGCCACAAGCGCAUCCACUCCGGACUCCGGCCAUAUCCCUGCAACGCCUGCGGAAAGAAGUUCGGACGCCGGGACCACCUCAAGAAGCACAUGAAGACGCACAUGCCGCAGGAACGCCAACUGGGCCCGGCCAUCUUUGUGCCCAUGUACCCCUACCUGUACGGCUACUGAUGCGGGAAGAAGAUGUCCCCGCGGAAGAUGCCGCCACCCAGCGAUCUGUGAAGCGCUUGCCCGCUUUAAAGUCUCAACAGAAACGUUCCACAACGAAACUCAAUGCCGGCCAAUAACCAAUCUUGGACAGAUCUACCUCAGCCGUACCUGGCGCAAUCUCAAUCCAACCACUAUCAAUCUCUAAGACAGGGAGGGAUUGAGGGACCGCGACCCACGACGAUAUAUUCAAAUAUUGAUAUAUUUAUUUUUUAAAGAGUAUUUACACUUCCAGCUACGUGACUAGUUCCCGCACAUGUGUAAAUAUACCUCCUUAAGUGAUCCUUUCUCAUAUGCUAAGCGAUUAAGAGAUUUAAGAGAUACCCAUAUAUGUAUACAUAAAACUAUACUAUAUACUAGAUCUAAGCUGAUAUUUUCACUUUUUGAAACGCUGAAUGCAGUUACGAGCAAUAUACAAUUUGUACGUAGAUAUAAGACUCUAUAGUUAAAUAUUCCGAGUUGCAUUAUACGAUUUAUGUUUA